GAUUAUCUCUUUUCCCGCCCGUUUGGCCCGACUCCAACGACUUUCACGCAGCCUGUGUUUAUUAAAUGGGCCGAGGCUUGAGAGCGCGAGAAUUUUAAACGGCUAAACGGCAAGAUCAGCAUUGAGCACCUUUUUUCACAGAUACUGACUGACUGACUGACUGACUGACUGAGGGGUGAGCGCUCUUCCUUCCAACGGCGACAUCGUUGGGAUUGGACGAUCUCUGGUGGGAACUGGGAAUGAGUAAACUGAAGCCCUCAAACACGAGUCCAUCAGUCUGAAAUCGGGGCGGUCGAGUCCUCAACCCAGUUGUGGAAGUGGAACGGAUUGGCACCUUGGGCAAAGUCCUGAACCGCAGCAAAGCUCUACGGGGAAAAGAGCGAUUACUUAUUCAAUCCAAUAAUCAUAAUUUCUAUAGCAGAUAACCAACUCGUCUUUACCAUCUCCUUCAUCGUCCGCUCCAAGAACUCGACUGCUGAGACUCAAUUAGCGAAGACGUUAGUUGCCGCAACUUCGGUUAGACAACGGAUCUCAACAACCAGUGUUUUUUUUUCUUUUUUAAUUUCAUCCUUCAAAUAAAUAUUCAGGACCAGUAUGCCGCUAAAAUCCGCCAUGUCCGCCCCCGCCAAGCUUGACGACUUUGUCAAGAUUGAGAAGAUCGGCGAAGGCACGUACGGCGUGGUGUUCAAAGGGAAAAACAAAAAAACGGGCGAAAUCGUGGCCAUGAAAAAGAUUCGCUUGGAAUCCGAGGAGGAGGGCGUGCCUUCCACGGCCAUCCGAGAAAUCUCUUUGCUCAAAGAGCUUCAACAUCCCAACGUGGUUUGCCUUGAGGAUGUCAUUAUGCAAGAGAACCGCCUUUACCUGAUCUUCGAGUUCUUGACCAUGGACUUGAAGAAGUAUAUGGAUACGGCCAUUGGCAGUGGAGAAAUGAUGGACCCACAGCUGGUCAAGAGCUACACCUAUCAAAUUCUCCAAGGCAUGCUUUUCUGUCACCAACGACGCGUCCUUCAUCGGGAUCUCAAGCCACAGAACUUGCUCAUCGACAAGAACGGGGCCAUCAAGAUCGCGGAUUUCGGACUGGCUCGGGCUUUUGGCAUCCCGGUGCGGGUGUACACUCACGAGGUGGUGACCCUGUGGUAUCGAGCCCCGGAGAUUCUCCUGGGCGCUAACAAAUACUCCUGUCCCAUUGACGUGUGGUCUAUUGGGUGUAUUUUUGCCGAAAUGGCCACCCGCAAGCCGCUUUUCCAAGGCGACUCUGAGAUCGACGAACUAUUCCGAAUCUUCCGGAUUCUGCGAACCCCCAAUGAGGAGAUCUGGCCGGGUGUGACCCAAAUGCCGGACUUCAAAGCCACCUUCCCAGCUUGGACCACGAAUUGUCUCAAGAAUACGGUCAAGCAAUUGGAUGACCAGGGUCUCGAUCUGUUGGAGCAGAUGCUGGUAUACAAUCCGGCCAAGCGGAUUUCCGCCAAGCAAGCCCUAAAACAUCCCUAUUUUGACGAUCUCGAUAAAUUUGCUUUGCCCGCCAAACCGAAUGAGUUCGAUAUCAAAAUCUAAAGGUGAUUUCAGAUCGGAAGACUACUACCAUUUCACCAUAUUCUUCUCAAGCUCUGUUUUUCUGUGUAAAUAUUUUCGGUGUUUUCAAAUCAAACUGGUGGGUUGAAAUGUUUUUUUUUCUUCAUCUUUAUUAUUCGUAAUAAAAAGCGAUUCAUCCGACCAGUUAA